GUUGCUAAAACCGUAAAAAACGAUUUCGAAACUUUACCCAGUAUGGGAAUACCCGGAGUAUAUAAAUUUAUAUUUAAAUGCCUUCGCAAAGGUUAUGUGUUACAUUAUUGACUGCUUAGUUGUAACGUAGUCUAGUCGAUAUUCAGUGCUGGUAACGUUAACUACGUUGAAUUUUGAGUUGUACCUAAAAUAUGAUGCAAUGAUUGCAAUAUAUUGUGAAAUGUGCUGAAAAUUAUAAAAGGAUUAACUAUGUACGAUUUUCAUAAUAUUGACGUGUAUCCUACUGCACAAGAGAUUACUAAGCAGAUAUCGCCCAAUCUACCCCAAAAUAUAGUACGUGGGCCGUAUCAAAACGUUCGUCACUAUCUAGACGUGCAUUACCGCUUACUGCGCGAAGAUUUCGUCGCUCCUUUAAGGAAGGGACUUUGCGAAUAUUUGGAGGCGACUAGAGAGCGGCGUGAACCGAAGCAUUCCGACAUAACUGUUUACAAGAGUGUCCGAUGUUUGGGCGCGAUCCCAAACACCAAACGGGAUGGCCUUCUUGUACAGGCAUUCAAGCCAAACACCAUCGACGAUCCGGAUCGAUUUAUGUUCGGAUCACUGGUGUGCCUCACGUUGGACAUAACAUUCACCAACAUUAUAUUCGGAAGAAUCAUCGAAGGGGGCAAAGAGUACAUUAAGAAAGGUCAACUUGGAUUGGCGUUUGAAAAUGGCAAGCCAAGAACAAACCAGUUAUAUAUUAUGGUUGAGUGCAAUACUUAUUUUGAACCAUACUAUCAUGUAUUAAGCGCACUUAAAAAAAUCGAGGAGCACUGCUUUCCAUUCAAGGAGUAUCUGAUCGACAUGCGCACCGAGACUAAAUUACCUGAUUAUCUACCAUGGGGGAUGCACCUUGAGGCGAAUAGCGCAGAAAAAACAUUGAAUCCCAGCCAGCUAGCUGCGUAUAGGGCUGCAUUGUCAAGUAAAUUCUGCUUGGUGCAGGGCCCGCCGGGUACGGGCAAAACUUUCCUUGCUUUGCAGAUAACUCGCCGAUUGUUGCAACGAAAGAGUUUGUGGAAAGGCGGUCCGCUGCUUGUUAUUUGCUAUAAGAAUCACGCAUUGGAUCAGUUCCUGGAAGGCCUGCUGGACAGUACCCAACAUUUGGUGCGCGUUGGUGGACAAUGCCAAAGCGAGAAAUUGAAACAAUAUACAAUUGACAAUUGGCGUGAACGGUACAAGCUUGCAAAUCGUUAUCCCAGAAUCAAUGGAGAUUUGUCAAUACUGAAACGGAUGGAUGUUGUUGGCAUGACUACGACAUGCGCGGCGCGAAUGUUCGAAACUCUCCAGGAUUUAGCGUGUCCGAUUGUAAUCGUUGAGGAGGCAGCCGAGUGCCUCGAAUCACAUAUCAUCACUGCGCUAAAUCCUAAAUGCAAGCAUCUUAUUCUCAUUGGGGACCACAAGCAGCUGCAGCCGUCGACCGCAGACCACGACAUCGGCAAGAAGUACAAACUUGGCGUGAGUCUGUUCGAACGCAUGGUCAUGAAUGGUGUGCAAUGUCAUACGCUCAACGUGCAACAUCGCAUGCACCCACAAAUUGCGAAUCUGGUGAGUCCUGCAAUUUAUCCGUCCUUGGAGAACCAUGAGUCUGUAUACAAGUAUGAAAGUAUACGCGGUAUCGACGCGCCACUGUUCUUCAUCACACACGACCAUCGCGAAUCGCAGCCGGAUGGGAAGAAUAGUUCCAGCAAGAAAAACCACUUCGAAGCGGAGUAUCUCAUCCGCUUGGCACGAUAUCUUGUCCUGAACAGGUAUGAUGUUUCAAGGAUAACCAUUAUCGCAGCGUAUGCCGCCCAGAAGUCUCUGCUGAUGGAUCUGAAAAAGAAGCAUUCAAGCUUAGAGAACAUACGCAUAUGUACCCUGGACGGCUUUCAAGGCGAUGAAAGCGAUAUCAUACUGUUGUCGCUGGUGCGCAACAAUGGGCAGGGUGAUAUCGGCUUCCUCAAUUUAGAAAACCGCGUAUGUGUUGCUUUGUCAAGAGCGAAGCAUGGUAUGUACAUUAUGGGCAACAUGUCUCAACUGCGCAAAGCCAGUUCGAUAUGGCGCGAUGUGCGCAAAAUUCUGCAAAAAUACAACGCCCUUGGUUCUCAUCUCACUGCUCGUUGCGUUAACCAUCCUGAAAGCGUGACACAUCUUCGUGAUACCACAGAUUUUGAUAAGGUUUCCAAUGGCGGAUGUCUGAAGGUCUGCGGGAAGCAAUUGACAUGCGGUCACCAGUGCACUAAGUUGUGCCAUAGGUCAUCUCACAGGAAAGAAAACUGUAAUUUACCAUGCAUGCGGGUGUUGUGUGAAUUUGGUCAUGUUUGCCCUGACAAGUGCUUCAUGGUAUGUGACAAAUGUACAGUGUCCAUGGUGAGAACGUUGAGCUGUGGUCACAAGCAAACCGUUCCUUGCCACCUAUCUACCCAAAAGGUUCUCUGUAAUUCCACAAUUUCAACCACGCUGCCGUGUGGCCACAAAACUAGCAUACGGUGCUACCAAUCUCCUCGAGAUGUUCUGUGCUAUAGCACAAUAUUUAUCACGUUGCCAUGCGGCCAUGAAACGAGCAUCCCAUGCCACCAGUCUACUCAAAAGGUUCCCUGUCUUUCCACAAUUUCAACCACGCUGCCGUGUGGCCACAAAACUAGCAUACGGUGCUACCAAUCUCCUCGAGAGGUUCUGUGCAAUACCCCAAUAUCUAUCACGUUGCCAUGCGGCCACGUAAACGAAAUCCCAUGCUACGAGUCAUCACAAACUGUUCUUUGUAAUUUUGUAAAAUCUAUCACUCUGUCAUGCGGUCACGGAAGGCCCAUCACAUGCCAUCGGUCUUCCCAAGUGGUUCGCUGUUAUGUCCAAUUUCCAAGACGCUGUCGUGGGUCCAACCAAUCAUUUGCCCGCAGACUUCUUGAAGAGUGUUCUAUAAUGUGAACACAGCUAAAACUAACAAGUCACAACCAAAAUGAGUUGCUGCAGUUUAAAAUAAUAAAAUAAAAUAACUAAUCAUGUACUUAUAAUAUGUUAACAAUUUCAUUCAGUUUCAUCUAUUUCGAUAUUUUUAUCCAACUAGAUGUUUAUUGAAUUCUCUUAUACGAAAAAUAAACUGUUGGUUCUUUA